AUGCACGCAGCACAGAAGGAUGCAGAACGGAGGUCUAUAAUUAAAAGGUGGGUGGAACUGAGAAAGGCCUUACAGAAGCCUCCUGCACAAAGGCUGGCAGAACUAAAGGAGGCAGAGAAGAAGCAGGCAGAUGAGAGGCGGGCUGAGCAGAGGUGGAAAGAGUGGAGGCAGAAGCAGAGAGCACAGUGGGAGUUAGAGCAGAGACGGAAGGAGGAGUUCAACACCUCCAAGAAAAAACUAGAUCUGCAAGAGACCAGGAAACCUCACACACAGGUGCUUAAGUCUCCUACCCUCUGGGAAGAGUUGAAGAUGAUGGAUGACCUGCUUGAGGAGAUUGCAGAUAUCAAACUUCCGUCCAUGUCGCCCAUCCAUCAGCCAGUCUCCCCAACCACCCCACUCCUCCCACUACGUAAAGAUGGGACAUCUUACAUGGGCCUCACCACCAAACCCCUGGAAGCUAAGGCCAGGCAUUCCCACGGGGACCAGCAGCCCACCUGUACACCUCUUCCUCGGGCCAGUCACAGCUGCAUCCUCCCUCUGGCCAACCAGGGCCUGCAGUUAUCUGAAAAUACAUCAGAUGAGGAGACUUCAGAAGAGACAUCCGAUGAAGAGACUUCGGAAGAUACAUUCGAUGAGGAGCGUUUACCCUCCCAUACUUCAGAGUUUGUGAAAACACUUCCCCUGGCUUGUGAAGCAAGCGGCGUUCAGCUGCAAAAGAGUUUGCUUUGCCUCCGGUCUGCUGCACAAGCAAAGGUGGCUGAGAGACUUGACUAUGGGAGGAUCAUUCUCAGGGAUGAAGGGAAGGAGGAGGAAAGAUCAGAGAGUGGACUGCCAAAUAUGCAAGUACAGGAUCCAUCUAUUGAGAAGAGAUUAAACAGUGAGAUGUUGAAGAAAACGGAGAAGGAGGUAAAGGCUGAAAACGGGAAACCAGCCAAGACAGAGAUGGAGGUAAUAGAAAAGCAGAAGAAAGCAGGCACUAGAGAAGAUGGAGAAGAAACAGAAGAAGCAACUGGAGCAGGCAGAGAAAAGAAAUAUGGAGAUUAAGACAAAGUUGGAUAAAGAGAAACGCAGAAUGAAAGAUCUUGAAAGGAAAGAGAUGCAAAGGUUAGCAGAUGAGGAGAGAAAGGAAAUGAAGAAGGAAAAGAAAAUGGCUGAAAAAGCUAGAUUGGAACUUGAUUCUCGCCCAAAAUGUUGUGGCUUCUUCGAGAAGGUUAAGAGGGCCUUUAAUUUCCACCGAUAAGCGAGACCUUCCAUCUACAGUUACACCAACAGUGAUACAGUAAUAAUAACAACACAUUGAAAAAGGAGAACAAAUAUGUUGAAUGUAUAGUAUAUUGCUUCCCAAUAACUUUUCCCAAAAGCUAGAGGAUUAAUUUAUGUAUUAUCAAAUUGGUGACAAUCCUGUUUUCUUUUUGGCUGAUGUUCUUGUUAAAUACCAAUAAAUGAAUCACCA